GUGCGGCUGAGCCCGGCCCUGCAGGAGGCGGCCUCGCAGGCGGAGGCUGAGCGGGCGGUACAAGGCAUCGCGGACAUGGACUGCUGGGAAAAGCACAUCACUUACGAGCCGCUGGACAUGAAGGACGGCGCGGGGGCCAUCAACGUGACGAGGGAGGCCACACCGCUGGCGUGUCAGCAGCGCUGUGAGCAGACCUCGGAGUGCAUGCACUUCGCGUACUGGGUGCCGCAGGGCGACUGCCACCUGCAGGAUGUGUUUGCCAUCCGCAACACAAAUCGCAUCGGCUUCGUUUCUGGCCCGCAGCGGUGCUACAGGGACGAUGAGGAUGCGCUCAGCCACGGCAUGGCCAGGCUGCGGUCCAAGGGGGUCGGGGACUACACCUUCGUGCCCGUCGAGUUCAGCUGCCUGGAGGUGAGCACGAUGUACAAUGGCUUCCGAAACGUCCAGCCCACGAGCUUCAACGUCACCCCCGCCGACCAGGACCCCCUGCAGGCGAUGAGCCGGUGCCAGCAGCUCUGCCGGGACACCGAGGGCUGCGCGCACUUCACCAUCGGCGCGCCCGGGCUCCAGUGCGCGCUCGCGGGUGCGAAGGCGCCCUCCGUGUUCCCCAUCUUCAGGCACGUGUCUGGCCCCCCCGGCAACUGCACCGAGCUCCUGUACCAGGAGAUCGGCCGACCGACGCAGACCACCACAGCCGUGGCGAGCACGGACUUGGGGGAGGCCGCGCCCGAGCAGCGUGGGGCCAUACGGGCAGACGGGUCCGGCGCCCCCGCGUGGCUCUGGGCGGUCGUGGCCCUGGCCGGCUUGUGCUGCCUGGCCGCGGUGAUUGCGGCGGCAGGGAUGAGCUCUGCCAAGAAGGAGAGAAAGACGAGGAGCAUCGAGCGCCUCGAGGACGAUUCGCGGCCGGACUCGUUCAUGGCGGACAACUUUCUGUCAGAGGAUCCGCCGACGCGCGAGGCUUCGGCGAGCCUCCCCGCGCAGGCGGCGGCCACGCUGCGGGCGCCCAUGCAGGGCCCGCUGCGGCCGAUGCUGACGGCGCUCACCCAGUGGCCGUGGUCCCCGUGGGCGCCGGCGCAGCGGCAGUUCCGCUACACGGCGGUGCCUUCCACCGAGAAGACGGUGAGCGGAUUCGACUCAAUCGAUCUCAACCACGACGGUGUCAUCGAUCGUAACGAGUUCAACCAGGCGCUUGCACGCAGCCAGCCGCGGGCCACCACGUACGCCAUCCCGCGGGCCGCCACCUACGCCCACCCGCGGGCCGCCACGUUCGUUGCCAGCCCGCGAGCUCCGCCCAUGGCGAGCGUGCGGGUGACCGGGCCCAGCCUGAACCGCGGCGGCAUCCCCGACGCCCUGCAGCAGGCUCCUGCACCGUCGGCGCAGGCCUUCUCGGUGCCGGCGCGCGCGAGGCAGCCGCCGCUGCAGCCGGCGAGGCUGCUGUCGGCGCCGCGCUUGCCGCACGCGCCGCAGGCGCCGGCGAGGCUGGCGUCGGCCAGCCCGCGGCUGCUGCCGGCGCCACCCCACGCUGCGCGGCAGGCACCGCCCCUGGCGGGCGCGCGGCUGCGGUCGGAGCCCGUGGCCGGGUGCGGCCAGCGCUAA